UACUCCAGACCACUCCAGACUCUUAUCUUAUAAGGUCUAUGGAUUUUACAUUGUUUUACAUACAUACAUUUUCUCUUGAAUCCAGAUUGGUUACCAAAAAUUAGAAGAAGAAGAAUACAAUUUCUUUCGAACUGUGUGCAACAAAUCGAACACGCUGUUUGUUUUUGAACAUAGUGGAAGCAAACUUCUCUCAUUAUCAGGACUAUCGUCGUCCUACGUCAUUCAGUGAGCGCACGAUAUCAUUCAAAAAUUAUCUCUUGCUACGUAGAGUAAGGCAUGUUUCGGAUACCAAAACCUACAAUGCCUACAUCCACCGCAACAACAAUUACAAAACGUCCCAAGCAGGCUCAAAGUUGCCUCUAUGCAUCCUAUGAAUGCAUGCAAUCCUGUUUGGAAGGAUAUUCGUAUUGUGCUAAACAUAUCCUUGAAGAUCCCAAUGCACCUUAUAAACCAUGUGCUUUUGUGUACAAUACUAAUGGGAGAAAGUGUCACAACCCUGCUCUAAAAUUGGACAGAAGAGAUGUCUCAUACUGUAGCGAACACUCUAGAAAAGCACAAAUUGCUCGGAUUAAAUCGACGUCGCGACGGUCACUGCCGGAAACACCCGAGAUGCUGCUACUUAAUUUAAGUCAUUACAUCAAGCCUGCUGAUUCUAGUACAGAAGCUACAGAAGAAGAAAAAGGAAAAGUCAAAGCUUUAGAUCCUUUUACCGAAGUUGAUGCUUACAGAGUAAAUGCAAGUGGAAGUGACAUCUUAGAUUAUGCCAGUUCAUCAGAGAGUGAUGUUGAACCUACAGUUGUCACUGAUACUUUGAGAGGAGUUUAUCUUGAUGAUAGCGACAAUGAGAGUUUACACAGUCCCCAAGAGGAUCCUUUGAAUAUCAAUUUUUUAAGGCAUGCUGGUGUCUUUACCGCAGAAGAGGUAAUUUAUAUUGCGAGGGAAAAACUGAUCAGACUCCAAUCUCUUUAUAUCGAUCAAUUUAGAAGACUUCAGUAUGUAUUAAAGGAAAAAAGACGAAAAUAUUUGCUUGCUCUGAAGAAGGAAAAGGAAACAUUAUGUAGCAUACACAAUCAAAAAAAGGAGACUGCGAAAGAGAAGAAGCUUUACGAAAAAUUGAAAGCUUUAAAUCGCUAUCACAGACGGAGCGGUGUUGAAGCAAUACUUUAUAGAAAAUCACUAGAACGUCGCGCACAAGUAACAGAGCCUCUUCAGAAGCCACCCAAUGUAUCGAAAUGUGUAUUCACCGAAGGUGGCGUGAAAUGUGGCGAGAGAACACUUCCGUCGGCUAAGCAUUGUCGUAAACACAUUUUGAAGGAUCAACAUCAAGUAUUAUUUAAAGCAUGCGGAGCUGUGCGAGCGGACAUCGAGUGUCAUGAGCCUGUGCCAGUAAUCUUUGAUUCCAACUGUGUGUUUCACAUGAACUUGCCAUCACCGUGCAAACUAGAGCCCACGAAGUUCGAGGAGGAGAAACCCAUAAAGCAAGAAAUAUUGAUGACCGACAAUCAAUCGAUGGAGAUCGACGUGGUGGGCGAGACGCAAGAAAUCGAUCCCGAUGACGAUAUGGCAGGACUAAUGAGGGAAAUGAACGAUUCCGCUAAUUUAAAACCUUCGUUUGCGAACGAGAGCUUAAACAGUGAGACCAGCACGGACACAGCAUUCAGUUUGUCGGCACAGAUGAGCGAUCGAGAUGAUUUCGUUACUGUAUGACCAAAUAUUCUUACAUGAUUUUUUUUAAAGUGGAAUUAUCUGUGCCGUUAUGUUGUCAUUGCGGCUUAUUAAAAAAAACUUCACGAUACACUCUGCUCUCAGGUAUUCUCAUCAAAAUAACAAUUUUCUAACUUGAUUACUGAAUGUGAUCUGAUCACGUAGACGCACACAUGUAGUAAUUUUACCUACAUGUGUAAUGAAAUUGUUUAAACUGAUUGUUAAUAUAUUUGUAUAUAAUCGGAGAAACAAAUAGAUAUAAAUGACUGUAUAAUUGCAAGAUUUUGUUAUAUAAUUACUUUAUUAUUUUGUAAAUUUAAUGCUUCUUUUGUGUAAAAAUGUGUAAAUUUCAGGGAAUGUAGGAAACAACUGUUUUUAUAAUUUUACUAUUAAUAUUUAUUUAAAUUAAAAAGAAACUUUCUAUUCUC